UCCUUUGUCUUGAAACUAAAUCCCCACCCCAGAAAACAACAUUCUGUUCUUCUCUAAACCCCAAAAACCCCAAUACCAGAGGAACCCACUAACCAAAUGUCAUCUUUAUCUUCCCCACUUGUAUUCUCGCAGCAGAGGGGAGCUUAUUUUUCAAACACCUUCAAUGGAGCAAAGAGUAGUGUAUCAUCAUCAUCAGUAUCAACAUCUUCUUGGUUUUCUAGAACUAGGGUUUUGAGAAUGGUGGUAAGAGCUGGUCCAAAGAAGAUAUCAUUUGACAAAGAUUGUAGAAAAUCUUUAUUAUCUGGUGUUAAUAAACUUGCUGAUGCCGUUUCUGUUACUUUAGGACCUAAAGGGAGAAACGUAAUUCUUGAUGGACCCGGAACGCUGAAAAUUGUUAAUGAUGGAGUAACAAUUGCUCAGGCCAUCGAGCUUCCAGAUGCCAUUGAAAAUGCAGGAGCGAUGCUUAUCCAAGAGGUUGCAAAGAAGACAAAUGAUUUAGCAGGUGAUGGAACCACCACUGCUAUAAUUUUAGCCAGAGAAAUGCUUAGGUUUGGGCUGUCAGCUAUUGCUUCUGGGGCUAAUCCCGUAUCCCUGAAGAGAGGGAUGGAGAAGACCGUGCAAGAACUGGUCAGAGUGUUGAAGGUUAAAUGUAGGCCUGUAAAUGGGAGAGAAGAUAUAAAAGCUGUGGCAUCAAUUUCUGCUGGAAAUGAUGACUUUGUCGGUAAUCUAAUUGCUGAUGCGAUAGACAAGAUUGGACGUGAUGGAAUCAUCUCCAUCGAGUCUUCUUCGUCAUUUGAAACUACUAUUGUAUUUGAAGAAGGGAUGAAGAUUGACAAGGGCUAUAUGUCACCCAAAUUUAUUACAAAGCCGGAUCAGUCGACUAUCGUAUUUGACAAUGCAAGAGUUCUAGUAACUGAUCAAAAGAUUACCAGCAUCAAAGAAAUUAUUCCCUUGCUAGAAAAGACGACUCAGUUAGGAGUUCCACUGUUGAUUAUUGCAGAGGAUAUUAAGCAUGAAGUGCUGGCAACCCUGGUCAUGAACAAAUCACGAGGCAUUACUAAUGCCGCUGCAAUCAAGUGUCCAGGAUUUCAUGAAGGAAAGAAAGCUAUUUUGCAAGAUAUUGCUCUAAUGACAGGUGCUGAUUUUCUUGCUGGUGAAUUGGGCUUCUCACUGGAAGAUGCAACCUCUGAUCAGCUUGGUGUUGCUCAAAAGAUAACAAUAACAAGUAAUUCGACGACUAUUGUUGCUGAUCCUACCACUAAAGCUGAACUCCGAGCAAGAAUUGCGCAGUUAAAGAAGGACGUAGCUGAAACAGACAAUUCCUACCUCUCAAGGAAGCUCUCUGAAAGAAUUGCAAAGCUGUCAGGUGGUGUUGCUGUGAUCAAGGUGGGAGCACACACCGAAGUAGAACUUGAAGAGAGGAAACUUAGAAUUGAGGACGCAAAAAAUUCCACUUUUGCUGCCAUGGAUGAAGGUAUAGCUCCUGGCGGUGGGGCCACCUACGUUCAUUUAACGAAGUAUAUUCCUGAAAUAAAGAACUCGAUAGAAGACCCAGAAGAACGAAUUGGAGCCGAUAUCAUUGAAAAGGCUCUUCUUGUACCAGCGUCAUCAAUUGCAAAUAAUGCGGGAGUAGAUGGAUCAACUGUUGUACAAAAGCUUCUGGCUUGCGAGUGGGAGGUUGGGUACAAUGCCAUGACAAAUAAGUACGAAAAUCUACUAGAUGCAGGAGUGAUCGACCCUUGUAGAGUCUCGAGAUGUGCACUACAAAAUGCAGCAUCAAUUGCUGGUGUGCUCCUUCUGACCCAAGCUGUUUUGGUUGAGAAAGUAAAGCAGCCCAAGUCAACUGUUCCUCUUCUCCCUGGGAUAUCUCCUUGAAAGAAGCAGCAGAAAUUCAGGAGAUGAAAGUAUAUAAAUGGUUUAGAAAGUAAAGAACCCUGGUGAUUUUGAAAUCCAACAUACGCUCUCGUCGCUGUUUGUUUCCGCAGGGCCAAGGGAAAUGUUGACUUAAUUUUAAGCAGAAGAGAAUCAAAAUUAAAAUGCAGAGACAUGUUGGCAUUGGGUUUGGACUUCCAGACUCUCAGGCUUUAAUCGCAUAUUUUAGAUAUUAGGCAACCAAUUUUGACAGUAUGUUGUUUUAUUUUGCUCCCCUUUAGAUUCAGGUGUAAAUUUUUUUUUACUGGACAACAGAAGUUGUAAUUUUCCAUUGAUAUAAUACUCUGAUUUGUAAGCUGUAACAAAAAAUAAAAGAUAUCACCCGCCUUCUGUUUCA